CUGCCUUGCUUCUCAAGUAGCGGCCAAGCUUUAUGUCGCGGAGCGGAUCCAAAUAAAACUUCUCCACUGCUCUCUCUUCCUGUCUCCCCAUACUCUCUCUCCUCCGCCGAUCUUUAGGGUUCGGGCUUCCAAUCCUUUCAUCCGAUAUGUUCCUCACCAGGACGGAGUACGACCGAGGGGUCAAUACCUUCUCGCCGGAGGGAAGGUUGUUCCAGGUCGAAUACGCUAUCGAGGCCAUCAAGUUGGGUUCGACGGCGAUUGGUUUGAAGACGAAGGAGGGCGUGGUGCUUGCGGUCGAGAAGCGCGUGACCUCCCCCCUGCUGGAGCCAAGCAGUGUGGAGAAAAUUAUGGAGAUUGAUGAGCACAUUGGUUGUGCAAUGAGUGGAUUGAUUGCUGAUGCACGAACUCUUGUUGAGCAUGCUCGCGUUGAAACUCAGAAUCACAGGUUUUCUUAUGGUGAGCCAAUGACUGUUGAGUCGACUACGCAAGCUCUAUGUGAUCUUGCUCUUCGAUUUGGUGAAGGAGAUGAAGAAUCCAUGUCACGACCUUUUGGAGUGUCUCUUCUGAUUGCUGGUCAUGAUGAAAAUGGGCCCAGCCUGUACCACACAGACCCAUCUGGCACUUUUUGGCAAUGCAAUGCAAAAGCAAUAGGGUCAGGUUCAGAAGGAGCUGACAGCUCUCUUCAGGAGCAAUACAACAAGGACUUGACCCUUCUAGAGGCUGAAACAAUAGCUCUUUCUAUUUUGAAGCAAGUGAUGGAGGAGAAGGUAACUCCAAACAAUGUUGAUAUUGCCAAGGUUGCUCCAACUUAUCAUCUAUACUCCCCUUCUGAGGUUGAGGCUGUCAUUGCUCGCCUAUAAACUAUCCAUAUACCUUGGUGUUGUCUGUUUGCCUUCUCCACCAUAAACGUAUAUUUGUUACCAACAUUUUUAUUUUGGAGAACAUUUUUGCUGCUGCUGCUGGUGGUGGUGGUGGUAGAAUGGCAACAGGAUCUAGUCUUGUUUGAUGGAAGAAACUUCUUUUAAUACAUUAGCAUGCAAUGUUUGAUAUGGUAGAGUUCUACAGAGUUCUACCGCCAAUGCUUGAACGUCUUUUGUUAGUCAAGUAGCACUAGCAUUGACCAUACUGAUGAUACAAAUAAAUCCCUUCAUUAGUUCUCGGUUUGCA